AUGGAAGGACACCCUGUGUUACUGAGUUCCGAAGGCACCGUCCGUAUUGUUGCACUUGGAGGUGCCGGGUGCAUCCAUCAAGAUUCCAAUUAUCAAGACCAGGUGAUUAAAGCACCCCUGAAACACAAUACUCGAGGCUGCAGUGAAAAGGUCAUCAAAUCUGUGGAAAGAAGAGAGGAAUUCUCGGAGCUAUGCAUAAACCGCGAAAAGCUCAUUUACCAAGCGCUCCCAAAAUAUGAUCCUAAUAUCUUAAACUGCCUUGCAAUCACCGAUCGAGGAAUCCAUCUCCCCUAUUUACGGCACGGGGAUGUUCGAAGCUACCUACAAAAUUAUUCAGUCGAUGCCGAAACACGAGAUCAAUGGAUUAACAGCGCCAUUGAUGCUGUUGCCACUAUCCAUAUCUAUGGCGUCGUGCACUCCAAUAUUAGCCCGCGUAACUUUCUCGUGGCCGACGAUUUUUCAAUUCGACUAUGCGACUUCGCUGGAUCGAGAAUAAAUGAUCUAGACUCCCUAGUGGAGGAGGAGACUCGAUACCGAUUACCUUCCUCACCUUCGCGGACAAUUAUAACCGAUAUCUUUGCGCUUGGUUCUUUGAUCUACGAAGUCUCUACUGGUGUGCGCCCCUUUGAUGAGAUCGACGAUGAUGAUGAAAUUGAGAGAAUGUUUACGGAGCAAAUUUUCCCAAGUCUUGAGAGUCUUGAAUACCGUGAUAUUAUUUCUAAAUGCUGGAGAUCUCAGUAUUCUAGCGCUGAUAUAAUAAAGGGCGAUAUUCUUCGCCGUCGCAAACAUCUGCCUGAACCCAUGCAAUGUAAUUAUCCUUUAAUAUUUUCUACGUUGGCGAUGAUUGGCAUGGGCUUUGCUGUCGUAUGGGCGUAUAUGGGGCGGAAGAGAGGAUGA